AUGGACGUGGUACCGAAUCCACCGCCAGCCGACCAAUCUGUGCGCCAAUCCGCGAAACGCACUGUUGAGUUAUUCGGAUCCGACUACCUAAUGGCGACGCCCUCGACAUUUGGGGAUGGUUCAAUAGGUCUCUCGUACCGACGGAAAGCCGAGUAUGAAGACGUGAAAGAACUCCCCAAAUCACUUGCCGAGAAGCAAGCGAAAGCAGCUGCGGCGCGUACGAAACGUCCGAAAAUAUCAAGUCAGGGUCAGGACAGGCAAGGUGGCAGCUCACAGGCUCUCGUCAAAUCGACCGCGGCCGGCCCAUCUUCCGCUGAAAGUCAAAGCAAAAGCCUUAUUGCGCGCCCGUCGGCGACACCACAACAACGACCUGACUGGCAUCCCCCUUGGAAGCUUAUGAGAGUGAUUUCCGGCCAUCUCGGUUGGGUACGAGCCUUGGCCGUAGAGCCUAAUAACGAAUGGUUCGCUAGUGGUGCAGGUGAUCGGACUAUCAAAAUCUGGAAUUUGGCGACAGGAUCGCUUCGUCUCACAUUGACUGGCCAUAUAUCGACUGUGCGUGGUCUUGCGGUGUCACCUCGUCAUCCAUAUCUUUUCUCUUGCGGUGAGGACAAGAUGGUCAAAUGCUGGGAUCUGGAAGCGAAUAAAGUUAUUCGACACUACCACGGCCAUUUAAGUGGCGUCUACACUCUUGCUCUACACCCGAAACUCGAUGUUCUUGUUACAGGAGGUCGUGAUGGCGUUGCAAGAGGUACUGUCGCCGAUGUCAAGUGCCAGGAAGCCGAUCCUCAGAUCAUCACCGGUUCUCUAGACUCAACAGUUCGUCUUUGGGAUCUUGCGGCAGGCAAGACCAUGGGGGUGUUGACACAUCACAAAAAGGGUGUACGAAGUCUUGCUAUACAUCCCAAGGAAUUCACAUUCGCAAGUGCUAGCACCGGCAGCAUCAAACAAUGGAAAUGUCCCGAAGGCGCCUUUAUGCAGAACUUUGAAGGCCAGAAUGCAGUCAUCAACUCAAUCGCUGUCAAUGAGGAUAAUGUUCUCUUCUCCGGCGGAGACAACGGAUCCAUGUCCUUCUGGGACUGGAAGACAGGUCAUCGGUUCCAAUCUCUUGAUACUACAGCACAGCCUGGAUCCUUGGACGCCGAAGCUGGCAUUAUGUCGGCGACGUUCGAUCGUACGGGUCUCCGAUUGAUUGUCGGUGAAGCAGAUAAGACGAUCAAGGUGUGGAAACCGGAUGACGAAGCUACUCCAGAAUCACAUCCUUUGGACUGGAAACCGACUCUGGGUCGACAAAGAUAUUAG